AUGUCUACUGUGUUGCAAAAAGGUGCUACGAAUGCGACCGAUUCCUCUUUGACGAUACUUAGAGCAAGAAUUGCUUUACUGGCAACAGCCAUUGGUGGGCCAGAUUAUACUUCUCAGGUUGACCCGCCCCCUUAUAAGCUAGGUGAUGACUGUUUAGCGUGCUUGAAGGACUUGAAAAGAUGGUUUAAAUUGGUAGAUGACAAGCAGAGAAGAUGGGAUGUGGCAAUGGCAGUGGCUGAGUACCGCAUCUUGACGGAUGAUUUGUUACCCAUUCUGAUAGACUGGGAAAAUAAAUGUUCCCUGGCGGCUAAGCUUGCUAAGAAUAACCCAAAUCACGAAGAAUUUAGAAACAAGGCUUAUUACGAUAAAAUUGCCCUGAAUUGUCUGCAGUUAUUAGUCCUUAUGACCUGGCCCUUAAUCAUCACGGAUCAGUCGUCGUCAAACCAAAUAUCUGUCUAUAGUGAAUUAAAGAAGCAUCAAUUGAUCUACAAGAAGGCAAUUCUAACUACGGAAAGUGGGAAAGUGCUAAGAGCUGCUAUUCGAUUGGCUCUGGACGUUAUCAAGAUCGAGCGAUUAUCAAGAACCCCUAGAGAUAAUAUGGUUCUCAAAUUGGUCUUGAAUUUUUUCAGGAAUGUCAUUGCCAUAGAGCCUGGCGAAUUCACUAUUAACACCAAGAGAAGUAUGCCUAGAAAAGGUAUCACAUCCAUCGACACUUUGCCACCAAAUGUUUCUAUGGAUGACGUCUCCUUAAACACGGUAACUUCUUCAUUUCAUAAAAACAAGGUAUUUGGCUUACUCUUAACUCUUUCUAGUUCGCUAUCGAAAGAAUUCGAUCAGGACUUUAUCAACAUCCCACUUUUGGAAGUUAUGUUCUAUCUUACUAAAGACGUUAAUCAAGUAUUGUUGUUUCCCCAACAGUCUGACUCUAGAGCACGCUCAAGCCUCGUGAAAAGUAAUAUAAGUGACUUUACCAAUAAUGUCACAAGUGCAGGGUUUGAGCUAUCUAAAUUACUACAAAAGGAACAUCAAAUGAGAAAAAAUGUCAUCAAACAUACAUCGGCAAGACACUCACGAUUUGGCGGUCUCUUAUCUAUACAAACUGCUGACAAAACUAGACUAACUGUUUCUGGAAGCCAAGCUCUUGUGGAUGAAAAAAUUGCAUUUCAGAAACUGGAUGACAGUAAAAAAUGGAAUAAAAGAAUAGCUCAAAAGCAUGAAUCUGUGGUAACUGAAGGCUUGCCAAACAGUUUGUUAAAUUCACAAACUGGCAAAUCUAUUUUUUUCACCGAAUCUAAUGGUAAGUAUUAUAAAGAAUUCAUCAACAAUUUUAUUGAUUCAGGCUUUAACAUCCUAUUACAUAGUGUGACGAACUAUUUCACAACGGAACAGGAUAGAAUGGUUACUUUGGAGCAAGUGGAAUAUUUGCUUUUUUUUGCAUGGUUUAUCAAGUAUCAGUUAUUUAGAUCCAAGAUGGACAAUUCUCCAGGCCUAAGUCAGGUCUCCGAAGCCUUAAGGGAGGUAUCUUUCAUUCUCAUGUCUUCUCUUUUAAGAAAUGCAUAUGACCUGAAAAACUGGGUAGUGACACAUGCAGGUAUGAUUGCAUUUAACGAACUCUUGAACCUCGUUUUUCACACAAAAUCUGUUCAGGAGGAAGAUUCCGUUGAUGUAGAAUUCAUUGUGAGUAGACUUUUCAGUGACGAAAGAAUACAAUUAUUAUCAAACCUGCCGAAAAUUGGUUCAAAGCAUUCGCUUCAGUUCAUGAAAAGUUGCAUUGAGUUAACACACUCAGUAUUGAAAGUAUUAGAACAAUAUUCCAAUAAUAAAGCUUUAGUGGUUGAAGGAAAAUCAAAACGGCAAAAGAGGCUCAAUAUUUCUGAGGAUGAUAUUACUAAAAUAAUAGAAGAAGAAAACGUGGACAGAGACGAAGCGCUUGAUAUUCUAACCUCUAGUUUAAGAACUGUAGAAGUUAGCUUUCAGAAAGUACAGAGCAAUUAUAUGACGGAACCUGUAAUAGAAACCUAUAUUAAUUUCCUUCAAAGAUUCCGUGAACUUGAAGACGACUCCAUUAAAAAAGUCUUUUCUUUUUUUCACAGAGUAUUCGUACAAGCGAAAGAACAAGCAUUGUUAUUUAGGUUUGAUUUGAUAAUAUUAUUGAGAGAUAUGCUUUCUCCCGACGGAUUGAAUAGAAUGUCUCGCUCAAGAAAAUAUGUAAGCCAAUUUUCAGAUUACUUUCUUUCCAGAUUGAAGAAAAGGUUGAAGAAGUCACCUGCUUGGUUUGUUGGAUUACUUUUUCCACCUUUACACAACAGUGAAGUUGGAUUUUACCAAAGGUACGGUGAACGCAAUGUCAUCAAUACCGAGACAAUCUAUGCUUCCCCCAUAUCACAAUUCAAACCCAUUCCUGAUGAAGAGGCCUUGCCACCCUCCAUUUUAUUGGAUAUGAAGUAUGGGAUUUUAGUCUCCACAUUACUUGAUGAUGGAAAGGUUGAGCUUUUGGAUCAAUUACUCAAACACAUAACUCACACAUUGGAUAUUUUCAAAUCGUGGUUAAGUGUAAAUGUAAAUGCUAAUAGAGAAACAAUGAACACACCAAACGAGUAUCUUGUAUUGACAGGUACGCUUGAUAAUGACCCUAUUUUUAGAGACAGAGAUUAUAGGGCGUUGUUAUCAUUAAUAGGGUAUUCCAUCCCUCAUAAGAUCGAUGAACCAUGCUUUCUGGCAGGGACUAUUGAGAUCUCCGAUUUAACUGUCGCGUAUGAACUAGUAAAGAAAUAUAUGUCAACACCAUUUGAAACGCCAAACGGGCUGCCCUCCUCUUCUUAUCUUCAAAGACCUCGUUUGGUAAAAGAAAAUACCCCUUAUGAGCAGGAUGAAUGGAAAGGAAAUGAUGAUUACGACUAUAAUGAUCCCUACAUUGUUGCGGAUGAUCAAUUUGUCUCAGAAAGCGAUGCAGCCUACUUCAAGGACUUGGAUAAUAAUUCUUUAGAUCAAGUUAAAGAAACCAAACUCAGCAAAGGAAUUGCGAGGUCAAAGAAGAGAGAUAAGAAAAAAGGGAAGAAAAGGGCAACUAGGACUAAAUUGCCAACAUAUGGUAAUGAAGACGACCAAAGACCGCAUUCCGUUAGAGAACGCCAUAGUGUAUUCAGUAAAGAAUUUAUUAGUGAUUCGGAGGAUGAUGAGGAUUUGAUGAACCCUAUUUUUUUUGAAAAUGAAACGUACAUGAGAUGGUUACUAGAUAAAUAUAAUGGCCAACUGACCGAAGAUAGAUAUAUUCAAUUUGCUAAAUUUGCUUCAGAAAGAAUGACUAAUCGAGGUGUUGUGAAAGGAGAUUAUACAAGUUUGUUUGAUGGUGUAAUACCAAGCAUUGAUAGUAUAAGAGCCGCAGAAAGCGGUUCUUUUGCGCCAGACAAAAGCCUUAUUUCCUUGGCAAGUCAUGUAGCAUCCGAAAUGUUGGCUCUUGAUGUACAUAAUAAUUCCGAACUUUCAGAUGAAGAUGUUAACUCAGAAUCUGAAGAUAAUGAAGGCUCGCCUUUGUUAUCAGAUUCACUGAUCAAGGUCCGAAAUGACGAGCAAAACACAAAAGAAUUUAAAAAACGUGCUCUAGAGAGAAACAUAGUCGAUGGGAGCGACGAAGAUGAGGAAGCCAUUCGGAUUUCCGCCAAAAAACCUAAAAUAUAUAUGAAUCAAGAUGAGAGUGAUGAUGAAUGA